AUGCAGAUGGAAGCCAGUGAAGAAUACUUUGUACUAGAUAGUAGCAGCAGCAGUGAUCAUGAAACUUCUCGUGGUAGUACAAAACGAAAAAGAGAUGAUGGUGAAGAGGAAUUGGGUGACCGACUCAGUGAAGAAAACUUGAGCAGCCAAAUGAAGCACAAGGAAAUAGCUUCUGUCAGAGUCAAAAAAUCUGUCGAUGAUGAAUCUGAUGAGGACAUCCAAAAUGAAGAUAAGGAUGAACAGAUUCGAAACACUGAUAUGCCGGAACGCAUGCAACUUCGAGAUGUUCUCAUUACGUCUGUCGAAGAAGGUUCUGACGAAUUGGAUUUAGAAGCCCAGUGGAUAAACAAGAAUGCUUUUUCCAAAUCUUCUGUUUCAAAUCAGGACGGUCGCGCAGAUGGAAAGGAAAUGGUGAUUAAGGGACCUCAGACUGUCAAAAAGAUUCGUAAAGCUCUUGAACUCAUUCGCAAUCAACACUUCGAAGUACCGUAUAUAGCCAAAAAUCUGAAAGAAUACUGCCUACAAGAAUUCAGCAGAAAUAUGCUUUGGACAGUCUCCAAGUUUGAUGAAGAGUGGAUCCAACUGGAGUCACUGAAAAAAAUCAUGAUGUUUCUCUGCGAUGAAAUUCCCAAAUACCCAUCGGAGAAAAAAGAUGAACUGAAAAGGAUCGAAUCUUAUGAACAGUUGAGCGACUUCUAUUAUGAAUUCCUCCUCCAUUACGGCAAUGAAGCACCUUCCAUACAAAAAAAACGUCAAAGGGAAAGAGAAGAAGCCCAAGAAUGGCGAAGCUCAGCAGCCAGGCCAAGAUUCAACGAAGAUGGUGAACCUAUGGAUGGCGACGAGUCGAGUGAAGACUUGCGUGACCCGGAUGAUGUAAAUGUAGACUUAUACUGUCUUUGCGCCAGAGCAGGUCUUGAUGGUUUGGUAAAGGAAUACGGUUUAACUCUGAAACAGCCCGCCGAGAACACGCACGACAAUAACCAACGACACAAAUUCAAUCAACCACCAACCGAGCCGUCAAUUGUUGCCCUCGAAUAUGUCUCACCCGAGUUUCCAACCGCUGCUAAAGUUCUACAAGCUGCAAACUACAUGUUGGCUGUACAAAUCGCUAGAGAACCUAUGGUUCGUCAGUUGGUCCGUGAAUCCCUCUUUGAACGCGCUCGUAUUGAUGUCAUCCCUACGAAGAAAGGAUUUAUGGAAAUCGACGAGAAUCACCCCCUCUAUUCUCUCAAAUUCCUUAAAGAUAAGCCGUUGCGCGAUUUAGUCGAGGAUCAAUUCAUCCAACUGGUGGUCGCUGAGCGAAGCGGGUUGCUAACUAUUGUCUACCAAACGGAAAUUGAAGGAGCCACUACUACUAGCUACGUUGACGAGAUAAAGGCACUUUUUACCCGCGACGGACCCAGCAAACUCGAACAGAAAUGGGAUGAUCUGCGUAAAGAAAUCAUCGAUCUUGCCCUCAGUAAAUUUCUGUUCCCUCUGCUGAAAAAAAAACUCAAAGAAAAGCUGCUGAACGAAGCCAAAGAAUUUGUUUUUAGAGCUUGCUGCCAACAAUUAUACAACGGGCUCAAGGUGGCCCCUUACAAAGUCGACUCUGAUGACGAAAAGGACACUAAAGAUGGAUACAGAAUCAUGGGUCUCAGCUUCAAUCUUGAUGAGGCAGAGAUUUGUGUGAUCGACGUCAAUGGUGAGUGUUCCGAUCACAUUCGUCUGGAACACAUUCUGAAGCGCAGAAAAGCUUGGAAGGAGAUGGAUCGCAAAAGAGACCUAAAUACGCUAAAGGAUUUUAUCUUCCGUUACAAGCCACACGUGAUCGCCGUCAGUGCUGAGUCUCUAGAAGCCACGAUUUUGGUUGAAGAUUUGCGAGCAAAAAUUGCUCAGCUUGUCGAGGAUGAACCAUCAUGGCAAACGAUCAAUGUCAAACUAGUUGACAACAAAUUGGCCAAAGUUUUUGCAAAUUCGACUCUUGCCGAAAGUGAAUUCCCUGAAUUUUCGCUAUUGUUGCGUGAAGCCAUCAGCAUUUCCAGGCAGUUACAGGACCCCCUCAGUGAAUACGCGCAACUGUUUAAUGCCAACAAAGACAUCCUCAAGCUCGAAUUUCAUUCGAUGCAAGGUGAACUAUCCAAAAAAGAACUUAUGAAACGAUUCAAUCUUGAAUUUGUGAACCGAACAAACGAAGUUGGUGUUGACAUCAAUCGCGCCAUUAUACACCCGCGCACGGCUCACUUACUCCAGUUCGUAUGCGGUCUCGGACCAAGGAAAGGUGAUGCUUUAAUCCAAACCCUAAAGUAUAACAAGCAGAGACUAGAAAAUCGAACUCAGUUCGUUACUGCCUGUCACAUGGGUCCAAAGGUUCUCGACAACUGCGUUGGUUUCAUUAAAUUCAACUCAAAUGCGCUAAGUGACAGUACCGAGUCGCACGUCGAAGUGCUAGAUGGUUCUCGUGUCCAUCCGGAUGGUCGGUCGCCAUAUCAACGACUAUCUUCUGAUGAAGAUAUUUUUUUCGUGGUCAUGAAGGAAACUCCCCGGAGCUUCUUCAUCGGUAAACUGGUCUCGGCAACCGUCACAAGCUUCCAACUUCGUAAACCCGAGCGAGAAGAACUGGACAGAGCCAAUCCAAAGAGAAACGAUACUACUGGCUUGUGGCAAUGCCCAUUUUGUCGAAAGAAUGACUUUACUGAUGCGGAAAAAGUUAAGAUUCAUUUUUACGACGGAUCUUGCAGUGGUCAGGCGAACGGUGUGAACAUCCGCUUGGAGAAUGGACUUGCUGGAAACCUUCCAAUGAGGUGCCUCUCUGAUUCUGAAGUAAAACAUCCGGAAGAACAUGUCCGUCUAGGAAAGAAGAUUCAAUGUCGGAUAACCAAGAUCGACUUCACAAGCUUCUCAGUAGAUGUUACUUCGAGACCGUCGGAUUUGGAUGACAUAAAUGGUGUAUGGCGACCACCAAAGGAUGUUAACUACGAUGGACCAGCUGAAAAGGCCAUGUUAAAGGCAGAAGAGGAUGCCAAAAAGCUUCGUCAAAAGAACACAGAAAGUGUCGUUGUUCAUCCGGCUUCAAACACAUCAAAUACGACCGAAAGGAGGUCAGGGGGUCCCUCGUCCCGUUCCAGGUCACGCAGUCCGAAUCGGGGCCGGACUGCCCGUACGAUCGGAUCGAGCAGCAGAAGUCGAUCACCGUUGCAUCAAUCAUCACCGUUGAGACGUCCGUCACCUCGUCCCCCUGCUUUGCCGCCGGUCGGAGCCCCUGCCCCAGCAUUGAUCGACCCUCCGCCCUGGUUCAAAUAUGUUCAGUGCGCCCAUUUCAGAGAUCAUAGUAGAUGCCCGAGGGGCAAUCUCUGCCCGUAUGUCACCGGUCCAUACCAGCUGGAUCAGGGGUUAUGGGAAGCAUUGGACAUGCCUGGAAGAGAUCCACCACAAAAUCCUCAGUAGCCAUUCUAUCUGCGGGGGCACCGCUGGCGAUGAUGGGCCAACUCCGAUUCAUCUGACUUAACUCUUUGACUGUCUUUCGGAGAGGGUGGUGUGUGUGUGUGUUGGGUGCUUUGCUGGCCGCGGUUUAUUUCUCCUAUUUUUAACGUCGCCUCCCAAAAUUAUUUUUUUCUUCUUCCUCUAUUGUUAUUAAGGAGCUAGCCGGAUC